CUCUAGAAAGAGGGAGAGGGAGAGGGAGAGGGAAAGGGAGGGAGGCCAUUCAUACCCUGUCUCCGUUUCUCUGUCUCUGUUCUUCAGCCCCGGUAUCGCCAAUCUUUUCCAGCUCGAGUUCCCUGCGUCGACCCUUCAUCACUAAUCCCUUCCGAAGAUCCGGUUCAACCCAAUAGGCUUUCGGAUAAGCUUCUGAGUUUUCUUUGUCGUGUCGAUCGCGGAAGUCUCUGUUUAGAGGCCCUGAAAUUUCGUCCAUUUCGGUUCCAUUUAUGCCUCGGAGGGAUGUCGCUGUUGCCCAAGAGCGACUUGAUUCAUAUCCGCGAGGUGUGGAACGAUAACCUUGAGCAAGAAUUUGAGCUAAUCCGCGCGAUAGUCGACGAUUAUCCAUACAUCGCGAUGGACACCGAGUUCCCUGGCGUUGUUCUUCGCCCCGUGGGCAGUUUCAAGAGCCUGAAUGACUACCACUACCAAACAUUGAGGGACAAUGUCAAUCUGCUGAAGCUGAUUCAGUUGGGUCUCACGUUCUCUGAUGAGAAAGGGAACUUGCCUACCUGCGGGACGGAUAAGUGUUGCAUUUGGCAAUUCAACUUUCGGGAAUUCGAUUUGAAUGAGGAUGUCUUCGCAAGCGAUUCCAUCGAGCUUCUCAAGCAGUGUGGCAUAGAUUUCAGGAAGAACAAUGAGAAGGGCGUUGAUGCAAGGCAAUUUGGGGAGUUAUUGAUGUCGUCUGGCAUCGUGCUGAAUGAUAGCGUUUAUUGGGUGACUUUCCACUGCGGUUAUGAUUUUGGAUACGUGCUCAAGCUGUUGACGUGUCAGGAUUUACCCAACACACAAGCAGAAUUCUUUAAAUUGAUAAACAUGUAUUUCCCGAUGUUAUACGACAUCAAGCACCUGAUGAAGUUCUGCAAUAGUCUUCAUGGAGGUCUGAACAAGCUCGCGGAGUUGUUGGAAGUGGAAAGAGUGGGGAUUUGUCACCAAGCGGGAUCAGAUAGUUUGUUGACAUCCUGUACUUUUAGAAAAUUGAAAGACAAUUUCUUUAGUGGAUCACUGGAAAAAUAUGCUGGUGUAUUGUAUGGUCUAGGUGUGGAAAAUGGACAAAGUACACAAUGAACAUGAAAUAGAAUUUAGUAGAAGGGUUGUUUUUGAAGCUGUUUGUUCUACUUUGUCUUAUGCAAACUCUGCUCUGUGAACUUUUGGCGGAGUUUUGUAAGUUAAAAGUCUCACCUUGCUAUAAUAGGUCCACCAUUAUCUUUUGGUUGUUUUGAAA